CUUUAACAAACUUCUAUAGAUGUGUGGUGGAGAGUGUACUGUCUGCUUGCAUCAUGGCCUGGUAUGGAAACACCAAUGUCCUUGAAUGGACAUCCUACACAAAGCAGUGGAUGCUUCCCAGUCCAUCGUGGGUAAAGCCCUCCACACCACUGAGCACAUCUACGAGGAGCGUGCUCACAGGAAAACAGCAUCCAUCAUCACAGAUCCCUACCUCUCAGCCAAGCUCUCUUCCCACUGCUGCCAUUAGGAAGAAAGUGCAGCAGCCUCAGGACCCACACCACCAAGUUCAGGACAGUUCUUCCUCCUCAAUCAUCAGAGGCAAUAACUUCACUUCUUUUUUAGAUUAGAUUAUGAGGACACUCAGUCCUCGUUUAUUGUUAUUUAGAUAUGCAUGCAUUAAAAGAUGAUACAAUGUUCCUCCGGUAUGGUAUCACAGAAACACAAGACAGACCAAGACUAACACUGACAAAAACCACAUAAUUAUAACAUAUAGUUACAACAGUGCAAAGCAAUACCAUAGUUUGAUAAGAGCAGACCAUGGGCACUGUAAGAAAAAAGUCUCAAAGUCCCGAAAGCCCAUCAUCUUACACAGACGGUAGAAGGAAGAAACUCUUCCUGCCAUGAGCUUCCAGCACCACAAACUUGCCGAUGCAGCACCCUGGAAGCACCCGACCACAGUCCGACUAUGAGUCCGUCCGAAAACUUCGAGUCUCCGACCAGCCCUCCGCCACCGAGCACCGAACACCAUCCUCUACCAAGCGCUUCGACCCUGCCCCGGCCGCCAAGCAACAGGCAGAGCUGAGAAUUCGGGGCCUUCCCCUCGGGAGAUUUCGGAUCACACAGUAGCAGCAGCAGCGAAGCAGAUAUUUCAGAACUUUCACCAGAUCUCCAUGCUCUCACGUCUGCCUCCAUCAAAUCAGAAUUGCCUCAUCACUAACCUAUUCCAACAACCAAAUGACUCACUUUCAAAGUCUCUUUAUCUCAAAUUCUUAAUAUUUAUUUCUUAUUUAUAUAUUUUUUUGUAUUUGUAUUGUUUUUUUUUCACUUAUUAUCCUUCCCGUUUGUGUGGUCUUCCAUUGAUUUUAUUACUGUUAUUGGAUUUAUUGAGUAUUCCUGCAAGAAAAUGAAUCUCAAGGUUGUAUAUGGUGACAGGUAUGUUCUUUGAGAAUAAACUUACUUCGAAGUUUGAACUUUUGAACUUUGAUGUCACGGUCACGGGCUCGAACCUGACCUGGUUGGGCGGGACAUGGAUCGCAUCUUCCCUGUGAUUGGAGUGUAGAAAUGAUGGAUCGGUUGCGGAAGAAUCUCAUUGGGUGAAGUCCUGUACCUGAGUUGGGACCGAGGAACGAUAUAAGAAGUGUCCUGGUAGCGGAACACACAAACAUACGGGUAUAUGCGUUUUUCCGACGCACGGCGCCCGAGAGAUGGAAGCAGGGAGAAUGGGUAACUGGACCACCUCACGGGACGCAGAGACUGAUCCAAAGUUAGGGGCACUGAGGCCGCGGGUCGUCCUGCGGAGAUUGAAACUUUCAGUCCGGAACCACAGGGCAACGGGGGAAAGAUUGAUCCAAACGACGAGCCGAGAUCAGCCAGAGUCACUCAGCCCACCAGGGUCUGAAUACCACCAGCCCUUGGUUGGGGGAGAUCGCAGUCCCAUUCACAGUGGGGAGAAACUGUUCUCAGGUUCUGAGUGUGGAGAAGGCUUCAGCCAAGCAUCUAGACUGUCGAGAUUGCAAAGCCACUACCCCAAGGAGAAACGAUGGAAAUGUGGGGAAUGUGGCAAGGCGUUCUAUUACCCGUCUCAUCUGGAAAUUCAUCGGCGCAGUCACACCGGGGAAAGGCCCUUCACCUGCCCUGUGUGUGGGAAGGCAUAUUCCAAUUCGUCUACCCUGUCUAGACACCAGCAUGUUCACUCCAUGGAGAAACUGUCUGCCUGCUCAGUGUGGGAAGGGAUGCAUUCAGCUUGACAUGUUAAUGGUACAUCGCCUAGUUCACGCUGCUGAGAAGCUGUUUGACUGCCUCGUGUGUGGGAAAGGAUUCACUAGGUCUGACAAACUAGAAAUAUGCCAGCAAGAGCAUGUAAAGAAUAGACCUUCCCUUUCAGUAUGGGAAGGGCGCUGCUUGAUCAUGGGGAUUAAGACACGUUGGCAAAUUCAUACUGGAGGGAGGGUG